AAUGUGUAGGGAAGGAGGCUGAACAGACAGAGAAAGACAUUUGUAGGGAGAUUAAAGCAGAGAGUAGGGGAGGAGAGAAGAAAGCACUACUAGUAAAUAGUAAACGUCGGAGCUGUGAGAGGAAGAAAGAAAGAAGGAAAAAGAGAGAGGAGAGAAGAGCCAGUAAUUGGGCUGCCGAGAGCGAGAGCCAGGGGUACGCCCAGCGAAUGGACUUGGGCUGCACAGGAGCGCUCCUACAGUGAGGACCAAAUUAAUUGGUUGGCGAGAUACCAUUCGCAAGAUGGCAGGAGAAAAGGUCAGACCCACCCAGUCUCUGUUUGACAUCAACUUCCAGUCCCUGGCCUCUCAGGAACUGGACCUGAAGCAGAUGGAGCUGGAUUCUGCCGCUGCUAAACUGGACGAGCUGAAGAGGGACUUGGAAAACAGGAGGGAGACGGUAAAGAAUAGCAAUAAAGAGGGUUUGCAAGUUUCUUCCCAACAGACAUCCAGCUCCUCUCUCUCCCCUGCUCUGACACGCCGGGCCCAUUCCUCUUCUGCACUCAAUGCAACACCUUCACUUAUUUCUCUGAAGCCUCGCCUAUCGGAGUCCUCAUUGAGCACAGCAUCAUCACAUGCUAUCAGCUCCAGCUCUUCUGUUCCUUCCAUUUCCAUCAGUUCCACAGUUAUUACUUCCCCCUCAAUGGCCCGUAGGUCUAUCCCUACAGAGAGCGUAGAACCCUACCUUACUUUAAAUUCUCAGAUCCCUUUGGGCCGUCCCUCCUCACCUCGCCAUCAGUAUUAUGACCGCCCCCACACAGUUUCUACACGGCUGUCUUCCAGUUCAUAUGAUUAUGCCCUGGGACCUAGGACAGCUUCUCCUAGUCUUGAAGGACAUUCAGGAGCAAUGUAUUCAGACUGGGGUUCAUUACAAAGACGAGGUUAUGAAGCCCCUCAUGGAUACACUUCCAGGUUUCCAGAUGAUGUCGGUUCUCCAAGGCGUCGGCAGCAGCAGCAGCGCAGUUGGAAUGAGUCUGACCUAGAUGUGGCAUAUGACAAGAAAACACCACAGGGAAGAGCAGAUCAUGGUAUUGCUCAAAGCUUGCCAAUAGUGAAGGCCUGGAAGGAGAGUAGUCUGGACCCAGCAUCAAUAAGCAAGGGUGAUUCCUCCUCUUCAACACUUCCUCGUGGCUACAAGUUCUCUGCAGGAGCUGAGCCAAGUUUUCAAGCUGUGGAACCUGGAUGGAGGGCAGGGACUGGUUCUCUGCCCCGAUCCAUUCUAGCCCAACAGCCAAUCUCCCGUAUCCAAGUUCCACCCCAGGAAGGCAAAGGACAACCUCACAGACCUCUUCCUCUAUCUAUGAUCUGCCGCCUGCAAAAUGCAUUGUGGGAGCACCAGGCUCCAACUCUUUCAUAUGGCAUGUCUCCUGCACCAACUGUACCUACUGCAGUUUCAAUGCCCCCUGUACCAUCUGUACCUUUACCAGUGGUUCCAGAAUGGGAGUUGCCUGCUGUCACUCCAGUGCCUCCUCCAGCAAACGAAGAAGUUCCCCGUCCUCUAAGUCCCACACGUCUUCAGCCAAACCUGCCUCCCUCAAUGGCUGAGGUGCAAAAAGUUCUGGAGGACAUACCUCGCCCUUUAAGAAGAAGAGGUUCCCAGGAACUCACAACACAAGCUCAACCCCUGCCAUCCCAUCGACGCCAGUAUCGCCAGAUAAUGGGACGACUUUUUGGAAGGCCUACACCUAAACAAAGCUCUGCUCCUGAGCAAACAAAAGCUGAGGAUAAACUUCAGGGGUCUGCAGUCAAAUCUAUUAUUUCUCCUAAAGAGCCACCAUUAGAAGAGGAUUUGAACAAUAAAAUUGACCCCAUCCCUGAGGAAUUCAGGACAGAUGAGAAGCCUAUGCCUGAUGAUAAACUGUGUGUUAUAAUGGAGGCAUCAGAGUCCCGGGUUGGUGCAUCUGCCCCAGUGCCAGGAGAUGUGGAAUUUAAAGUACCACUGGUUAUCAGUGGCAGUCAGAACUUGGGACUUCGUUCAGCACUGAAGGGUCAAGGUUCACCCCAGAGGCAGCGCCCCCCUCAUGCCAGACUGGACCCCCUUAUUUUACUUCUGGAUGCAGCACUCACAGGGGAAAUGGAUGUGGUGAACCAGGCUCUUAAAGAGGUAAAUGAUCCAAGCCAGCCAAAUGAGGAGGGAAUAACUGCUCUUCACAAUGCUAUCUGUGGAGCCAACUAUAACAUUGUUAACCUGCUUGUUAGCAAUGGAGCCAAUGUAAAUGCUGAAGACAGCCAUGGAUGGACUCCCCUUCACUGUGCUGCCUCCUGUAAUGACCUCCAGAUAUGCCUACUUUUGGUACGUCAUGGUGCAGCCAUUUUUGCAACCACUCACAGCGAUGGAAGCCUUGCUGUGGAAAAAUGUGAUCCUUACAGGGAAGGGUACCAAGAAUGUGUAAACUACCUUACUAAUGUAGGACAAUGCAUGGGAGAAGCACAGAGUGGAGUGGUGUAUGCUUUGUGGGAUUACAGUGCAGAAUUUGCUGAUGAACUUUCUUUGAAGGAAGGGGACACAGUUACUGUCCUAAGGAAAGAUGGAGAGGGUGGAUCUUGGUGGUGGGCAUCUCUGUGUGGUCGGGAAGGCUAUGUUCCUCGCAACUAUUUUGGGCUAUACCCAAGAGUUCGCCCUACGCGUAGUCCCAAGUGAUGUUACAACAGCAGUGAAUUUCAACUAACCUUGAUGUAAUUUGCACUCAUCAGAUGCCCAUUUUGUAUUUCUGUGCAUACAACUAGCCAAUGCAUUGUCUAAUUCAUGCCACUUUGUGUAAUGCGUUUUUUUUUUCUUGUUUGUUUUUUUAACCAAACCCAUAGUAAGUGACUCAGUGUAUGCCAUCUGGUACACUAUGUGUGCUUGAUAGUAUUAUGUGUAUUGUAGGUAGCUGUUGUAUGGAAGAGAAUUUUGCAUUUCGUAUAACAAUGUAUUAGCUGUGGGAAUUGUGGGAAUGUUAAGCUUUUGUUAUUUGUCUUUGUAUAAACACUAUUUUAUAAUAAAAUAAUUAAAAUCA